UUUCCUCACUACUGCAUAUAAUUUAUAAACCAAAAAGAAAAAGAACUUUCAGUUCAUAAAAACAAACAAGGAAACGAAUCUACAGAUGAAUUUGUUAUACAGAAAAGUCAUAAAAAAAAUGCUGUGGCAGUGUCAUUUAUCAAUUACAAAUCACAACAGCGAAUGUUUUAGCUUGAAAUAAAAUGAUCACAGAAGGCAACAUGAUUAUGAUUACCAUUAUGAGAAUUACGUACAAAAGUUCUACUCGACGAACAAAAUAGAGUGCCCACCUACAUUUUCCUUCAUAAAAUUACUGUGGAAAGUGAAACGAAUGUAACAUGACAUGAUUAUUAUUAUUAUUAUUCUUUUUUUGUUGGAAAGCCAUGAGCAUCACCUAAUGCACACCGAUACAACUCUGUUCACACACUUCCCACCCAUCAAUAUACAAAGUAGGAACAAAGUGAAAUGCAUGGCACAUGACCUAAUUUCUUUUCUUUCUUUUUUUUAACCUAAGCCAUCAAAGUCGCUACAAUAUAUAUCUAGCAAACCAGAGAGACAGAAACAGAGACAGAGACAGAGACAGAGAAAGAUGCCAGAGUACUGUGUAACAGGGGGCACAGGGUUCAUAGCGGCUUACCUAGUGAAGUCGCUGCUGGAAAAUGGUCACACAGUCCGCACAACCGUGAGAGAUCCAGAAAAUGUGGAAAAGGUAAGCUUCCUUUGGGAGCUAAGUGGAGCCAAGGAGAGACUAAAGAUUUUCAAAGCUGAUCUAAUGGUGGAAGGAAGCUUCGACCAAGCUGUACAGGGAGUUGAAGGGGUCUUCCAUACUGCAUCUCCAGUUAUUGUACCAUGCGAUCAGAAUAUUCAGGAAACUCUGAUUGAUCCAUGUAUAAAGGGCACACUGAAUGUUCUGAGCUCCUGCGCAAAAGCAACCAGUGUGAGACGGGUUGUACUGACAUCUUCCUGCUCUUCAAUAAGAUACCGUGAUGAUGUCCAACAAGUCUCUCCUCUAAAUGAAUCUCACUGGAGUGAUCUGGAGUAUUGCAAACGCUACAAUAUGUGGUAUGCAUAUGCAAAAACUAUUGCAGAGAAAGAGGCAUGGAGAGUAGCAGAGGAAAGUGGGAUUGAUCUAGUGGUGGUGAACCCCUCUUUCGUUGUUGGUCCCUUGCUUACACCACAACCAACCAGUACACUCCAAUUGAUUCUAGCCAUCAUUAAAGGUUUGGGAGGAGAAUACCCAAAUACAACAGUAGGGUUUGUGCAUAUAGAUGACGUUGUCGCUGCACAUUUGUUAGCAAUGGAGGAAAGGAAAGCAUCAGGCAGGCUCAUAUGUUCAAGCUCAGUAGCUCAUUGGUCAGAGAUCAUCAAGAUGCUAAGGACCAAAUAUCCAUCCUACCCGUUUGAAGACAAUUGUAGAAGCCAAAAAGGAGAUAACAACCCACACAGCAUGGAUAGCAGUAAGAUUAUUCAGUUGGGGCUCCCUCCUUUGAAGACACUCGAUCAAAUGUUUGGUGACUGCAUCAAAAGUUUUCAAGAAAAGGGAUUUCUGUGAGGUCUAUAAUGUUUUCUGCAAGCUUUUUCAGCUAGUUGUGCUCAUUAUAUUCUCAAGGACUUAACUAUUUGUCCCAAACUUAAGACAAAAUUGUUGAAAAUAAUUCAACUGUUUCUCCAAGAGGGAGAGAAAUCCAAUAUUGCUCUCAUUAAUAUUUUGCACCACCACAGAACUGAAAAUGUGCUGUGUUUAAGGCCUCUAUUAGUUAUUUCUCAUCAAUUUGUAAGUGAGAAAUAGAAAAAUCAAUUAUUAAAAAACUGUGCAAGAAUCUUGUUGGAGACUCGAAGUCCACAAUGACUGACAAAGACAAAAUGAGUACGCUUAAGACAGAUAACAUCAUCAUUUUGGAAUGCAAUCUAUCUUCCUCAAUAAUAUUUUUACAAGUUUGUUAUUCAAACAAAGCUUUCCAGGACUAAACAAGGAAAGAAUUUAAAAACUAUACAACACAAAUUUGGAAAAGUUAAUGAACUGUAUCAGACUCUACCUGAUAACUCUAGUGAGUUUUGGUUUGGAAUUUUGCACUUGCCCUAAAUUGUCCAGAUUAUGUUAUUCUAGAAUAGGAUCCUAGAACACAGAUCAAAAGACAUCAACGUAUACAUGCAUCAAUUUUGCACUUGAACCACUAAAUCUGUUAACCAGAUAAAAGAAGCAAAUAUAAAAUGUGUAGACCAUAAUGAAAGUAUAAGUACCUUGAGUAUGAUGACGUUGAGGUAAUUCUUACAACAGGUGGAAAGGAUAUAUAACGAUAGCGGAAGUUUUCUAAAUUUGUACAUAAUUUUUUAAUAAAGUAUACAAAUAUAAUUGUGUCCUGGUGUCCUUAGCAAGAGAAUUAGAUGAAUCUAACACUUACAUAUAUACCCUUAUGCGACACAUAACUGAGUCCAUUUAACAUAGCUGGCCAAGUAACCAAUUAACAAUAACCAUACACGCACAAAAUGCAUAAUGGAAUUUUGCACACAAUACACUCUGGGGGCAAUACAGAAAGACACUCAACAUAAUACUAAUUUCUCCCCAACAGUCCAAGCAUCAAGGAUUCCCCCACAACCCCCUACCCCACAAGAAAAAGUUAGAAAGUACUCUAUAAAAAUGGAAACUUAUUAUCCCAGCCAGUCCUCCCCAUAAAGCCAAAUUCCACUAAAUUACAACCUCAAGCAAUUUAUGGUCUAUUUGGUUCACUAGAAUGAGAUAGAAUGAAAUGGAAUAGUAAUUCCUUAGGCUCCCCUAUGGAAUGAUCAUUCCCUUACAAUGAUUAAUGAUGAUUCCAUUUGAAAUGUAUUUUUCAUUAUUUUUUAGUUAACCAAACAUAGGAAUGGACAUUUUGGUGGAAUGAUCAUUCCAUUACACUCCAUUCCAAUGAACCAAACACUACCUUAGGGUGCUGCAAAAAACAAUAUGAAAGCUUUCCCCCUUGAUAUUCUCUGACAACCAAGUUUAUUUGAUACAAGAAUCCAAAUAGUAGAGCUCCUCACAAAAACUUGAUAUGUCAAUUGAUUUUUUCCCACUUGAUUUUUUAAAUCAUGUCAAGAUCUGUAUUUGUUUCCUCAGUAUCAUUAUUUUUGUUGGCUAACUAACAAUGUGUUUGCUGAGGAUGACAUCUUCUGUUGAGAAUUCUGUCGAGGACUCAGUUUUGCAACAUGGUUGGUCUAGAUGGCUUCGAGAAACACCUUUUGGACAAAUCAUAAAUGAUGUGGCAGCCUGUUAGGAAAGCUUUAGACAAUGAAUACAUUAUUAAUAGAAGUUGCGUGAAGGACACUAGGCAUUGUAGGACUAGAGUAGUUUCCCACAACUUGGGAAUAAUUGUUAGUAGUUAGAGAAAUAGAGGCAAAUAUUGGUCUUGUAUCCUCUAUAUGUGCUGCGUUGUAUGCUGCGAUCUCUUGAAGAGUUAAAUAAAAAUCACAGAUUUUAUUAAUUACCUUUCAAGGACUUAAGAGUAUGUAAUGUAAAGUUUAUCUCAUGAAAAAGAGUGUUGACCCUUGACAACAACUCAAGUAAUCUUUAUGUUCUAUUCAUCAUCAUUAUUUCACUGUUAUUUGUUCUUGAAACUAGACAAUGAACCACAUUUAAUAGUCCAGUCUUAAUUCUUAAAUAGUUUUGCCCAUGAUAAGGAAUUAGUCACAAAUAAUUUUUGUCACACUCAAUGAGACCAUACAUUUUAUUAAAUUUCGGCAUAUCCCUUAACAGAAUUCACGAUGCAAAAUGUCCUAUUGAAAGAUAAUUUUAAUUUUCAUUGCUGGGUUAGGAAAAUAUACAAGUACAUAAAUGGUAAUGAUAUAUAUAGACACAAAAUUCAUACAAAAUUAAUUUACAAAAACAAGACACCCAUAGAGAUGAGUUUAAUUUACAAAAAUUUUUGUGGUGUUUUUUUUUUUUUGGUAUAAAUAG